UUUAUUAAUUUGUUUUUGUUUUAAAAUAAUUGUAAAAGAUAGGUAUAAAAGAAUAGAAAUGGAUUAUUUAUAAUAUUGUGAUCCGAUAAAUCAUGUGUGUAGCAUUUGGUCAACUUUACCUUUAGUAGUUAAACAAAAUUCUUUAAUAUCGUAACCUUUUACAGGAGGAAAUAUCAAGAAUUGCUCUUGAGCCAAGCCCAAAGAAAAAUAAACAAAAGUUAUCACCAGGGCUGUGGAGUCUGAGUUGCGGAGUUAAGACAUUUUCAGCGGAGUCAGAGUUGCUAAACAAAAUCGCGACUCCGACUCCAAUAGUAAAACUUCUCUGUAUUGUACGUGCAUGUACAAAACAUUCAAUUAACCUUAUGUUCAUACUAAACCUCAAAGAACGUUUCAUAAAUUUGUCAAAAAAGAAAUUUUUAACUUAUACCGUAAUAUCUUUUAAAGAAUUUGAAGAAUUUUUCAAAAAUAUUGCUUUGGAGUUGUAAUCGAAGUUGGAGUUGGAGUCAGAGUCGGAGUUGUGCUCAAAAAGUUUCAACAACUGGAGUUGGAGUCAUUACUUUUUAUUUACAACUCCACACCCGGGGUUAUCAGUAACGGUUUGAUAUAAAUCUGAAUAUUAUUUGUUGUUGUUUAUUUGUCAAAGUUAAAUAAGAAUUUCUGUAAAACUUGAAUGUUUAAUUAUUUUUAGUGGGCUUACCAAUAACUUGAGUGGAUUAUUUUUUUUUAUUAGAUUAUUAUUGCAAAGUAGUUUAUUUAGUCAAAAUUAUUUUUUAUUAGGUUUCCAAUCAGACUCUUUUGCCUUUGUCUGAUUCUACAGAUAAAGUUUUAGCUGAUUUAAAAAAGAUGCAAAAUGUUAUUCUCAAGGAGCUUGCAGAAAUAAAAGUUCUUUUAAAAGAAGUUAUAGAAAAUAAGUUUCAGGCUACUGGGGUGAAGUUGCUAGAAUCAGUGGAUGAAGUGGUUACACUGGAUAAUAAACUAAAAGAUAAAACCGAGUAUACUAAUAUGCUUGAUAGUUUGAAAAAGAUUGGUGGCGGAAAGCCAAGAGAACAUGUUUUUUUGUUCAUGAAAAGGUUAUUUUUGAAUCAGUUACAGUCCAAAUUAAAUCGAAAAGGAAAUGGGGAUAGAAAAUCUAGUAAAUAUACGAAGUGUUUUGCGAGAUAUCGGCGACAAGGAAGAAGAUGUUGACGGCAAUGCAGAAAUAUAGUUUCUUAUGUAUAUUUUUGUGACAUAAAAAUCAGUAAUUUUAGUUAAA